GACAUCUUAAGAUAGUAUUAAAUAUAAGAAUUGACUAUGAAUACUGGCUAAAAAGUGGACGCAGAUGGAAAACGAGGGAUGAAAGAGCGGCGGAGAAUGAAGGAAUGGCGGCAGCCGGCGAAGGUAGGUGGCCGUGAACGCGCAUCUCGCGCAUGCUGCUUUGAUGAAGACGAGAGACGAGGAUAAACGAAAGGGUGGUUACUGGACUGAAAGAGAAAGAACGAGGGAAGGAGAAUGGGUUGCAAGAGAGGGAGUUAGGGAGAGGGAGAAACAGAGAUAGAAUAUGAGAGGGAGAGAAAGAAAGGCUGCCCUGGCGGCAACAUCUAGUCGCGGUCACCGUGUGAGAGGUGAAUAUCGUGCUAAUAAUCCAAUUCGUUCGAUUCUCCAUGCCACUUCAUUCUUUCACACACAACUAAAAUAUCUACCAUUUUUUCGAACUGCUGCACUAACGAUCUUGCCCGAGUGAGUGUGAGAAUCGAGAUCAGGACAUUGCUUCAAGAUGACGGAUGCGGAUGACAGUGCGCAAGGAGAUGCGACAACAUGCGGGAAUAUCUUGGUGAUAUUAUCGUGGAUUGUCGUAAUAUUGACGAUGCCGUUCUCUCUCUUUGUUUGUUUCAAGGUUGUACAGGAGUACGAAAGAGCUGUCAUAUUUCGAUUAGGACGUCUUCUAUCAGGCGGUGCUAAAGGUCCCGGAAUCUUUUUCAUCCUGCCAUGUGUGGACAACUACGCCCGCGUCGAUUUGCGAACGCGAACAUAUGACGUACCCCCGCAAGAGGUUUUGACAAAGGAUAGCGUUACGGUAUCCGUUGAUGCAGUAGUUUACUACCGUGUUAAUAACGCUACCAUUUCGAUUGCGAAUGUGGAGAACGCUCAUCAUAGUACAAGGUUACUGGCUCAAACGACUUUAAGGAAUACCAUGGGGACGCGACCACUUCAUGAAAUAUUGAGUGAGCGGGAGACAAUCUCCGGAAACAUGCAGGUUGCCCUAGACGAAGCGACUGAUACGUGGGGAAUAAAAGUGGAACGAGUCGAAAUCAAAGAUGUACGACUACCUGUUCAACUACAACGAGCUAUGGCGGCGGAAGCCGAAGCUGCACGUGAAGCACGCGCUAAGGUGAUUGCCGCAGAAGGUGAACAGAAGGCCAGCAGGGCUCUACGGGAGGCAUCGGAAGUUAUCGGCGAUUCACCGGCUGCUUUGCAGCUCCGUUAUUUGCAGACACUGAAUACAAUAUCAGCGGAAAAGAACUCUACCAUUGUGUUUCCGCUACCAAUCGAUAUGAUGACAUACUUUAUGAAAGCUUUACCGAGGGAAUAAUUAUGUGAAAAAGAGAAAGAAAGAAAGCGUACGUCACGUUUCGUAGGAUAUAACGACCGAGAAGAAGAAUAACAAUUUUUCUGAAGCUUUAUGAGGAAUGUUUGGCGAUUUAUUCGUAUAUUUGACAUGCUUGCAUAUUACAUCCAUAGGCUGUGUUAGGGAAGUGCGCUAUCAGUGCUAUUACAGUUUGUUCUCUUUUUACUGGCAGUGCAACCAUAAAAUGAGUGCGAUGGACAAACGUACUGUAUCAAAAUAUCAAUAUACUUAAUUACAGGUUUUGAUCAAUAGCAGUAGCAAUAGUUCUUCCAAAGAACUUAUUUGUUUCUAGAUCUAAGAACUACUUUUUACGCUUCUUUAUUCGACGCUGUAUUGCACUGCAACUGCCUUAUCUCGAGAGCUACAGUAAUCGCAGUGGAAAUAUGGUUAUCAUUUAUGCAGGAAUGAUGGCAACGUUACCUCAUAGAAAUAACUCGUUAGCGGUACCGUUCAUUUUCCUAAAAUGUAAUUCGUUAUCGUUACUAGUUAUUGAUUUACAAAAGUAACUCGUUACCGUUACCAUCACUCAAAAUGAAACGAGUCGUUACUUUUUUGUUACUUUUUUUUCUUGACACAGAAUAUUAUAGCGUUCAUUGUAGGAUUCAGUGCAUAAAAUCGUUGUACACAAAUCGACAUAAAAAUGUAUGUUUAAUAAAAAUAUAGAAACGAGUUAA